AGCUGUUUCGACUUUUCACUUUGGCUUUGAAUACAUGCAGGAGGCACAUUGCCCUAUGGGCAUCCAGUCCUUGGUGUGUUUCAGCUUUUAAUUUAGUGAGACCAAUUCAACUUAUUGUGUAUUUCAUGUUAUGGUUCAAUUUUAUCAUUGUUACAGUUUGACAUUUUCCUUUGUUCUGGUGUAUGCCAACAUAUUGGAAAAGAUCAAAUUAUACCAAAGGUAACAUUGAACCUUGCCUGUUUCAGGCUCUCGGUCAGUGGGGAGGAUCGAAAUAGCAGGCAGGCGACGAGCGGGGUCCUGUUCUCUCAUUUUCUCUACCAGGCUGCACUCCUCACCUGCCUACUUUUUCGAUCCUCCCCACUGACCGAGAGCCAGGAACAGGCUACAUUGAACCACAACAUAUUUUAAAAUCAGAGAAACUUUUUUGCCAACUUCCAAGCAAAUGAAGCAAGAAGAUGGACAAGUGACUUGCUGUUCAUCUUGCUUGAUGGGAGAUAUUUCAGUCUUGUCAACUGCAUGUUAUGCAUGCACCUCACUGUUCUCAGCCAUUCAUCAUGAAUGUUUUCCUGUACUGCCUUUUUACAUCAAUAGUGAUACACAGUGUACAUGUAGUUCCAAAAUUAUGAUUUGAAAUCAUAUUGCAUGAUCUUUGAAAUGAAGGUUGCCUUUUAUGAUGAAGAAAGAGAAAUAAUGGCACUGUGCAAUAACCCAUGGAUAACAGCACUGCAGUAUGCUUUUCAUGAUAUCCACAAUCUCUACCUUGUGAUGGAGUACCACCCCGGUGGCGAUCUGUUGUCACUGCUAAGCAAGUAUGAUGAUGUCCUGGAGGAGGAUGUUGCACGAUUUUAUCUGGCAGAGAUGGUUGUGGCUAUUCACAGCCUGCAUGUGUUAGGUUAUGUGCACAGGGAUAUCAAGCCUGACAAUGUUCUUGUUGAUCGAACUGGACACAUUAAAUUGGCUGAUUUUGGUUCAUCAGCCAGGCUCUCAGCAGACAAAAAGGUGCACAGUAAGAUGCCUGUAGGAACUCCAGAGUACAUAGCCCCUGAAGUAUUGACCAGUAUGGAUGGAUCAGGAGGUCCGUAUGGUGUGGAGUGUGACUGGUGGUCUCUUGGUGUGGUUGCUUAUGAGAUGCUCUGUGGACAGACACCUUUUGAGGCAGACUCUGUUGUAAUAACUUACAGCAAAAUAAUGAAUUACAAGACCUCCCUGCAGUUUUUUAAAGAUGUUCAGGUCAGNGUUGAUCGAACUGGACACAUUAAAUUGGCUGAUUUUGGUUCAUCAGCCAGGCUCUCAGCAGACAAAAAGGUGCACAGUAAGAUGCCUGUAGGAACUCCAGAGUACAUAGCCCCUGAAGUAUUGACCAGUAUGGAUGGAUCAGGAGGUCCGUAUGGUGUGGAGUGUGACUGGUGGUCUCUUGGUGUGGUUGCUUAUGAGAUGCUCUGUGGACAGACACCUUUUGAGGCAGACUCUGUUGUAAUAACUUACAGCAAAAUAAUGAAUUACAAGACCUCCCUGCAGUUUUUUAAAGAUGUUCAGGUCAGCAAGAGUGCAAAGGAUUUGAUUCUCAAUUUGUGCACUGAUAGUAAAGCAAGGAUUGGUUAUGAAGGGCUUUUAUGUCACCAGUUCUUCAGCGGCAUUGACUGGAACAACUUGCAAGAAACUGUCCCGCCAUACGUCCCAAACUUGGAUGGUGCAGCAGACACGUCCCAUUUCGAUGAAUUUGAACCCGAAAGUCCGGAUCCAGUUGCGCAUCUAGAGAAGUACAGCUUGGCUAGCGAGGAAAAGGGAUUCACUGGGAAAGAUCUGCCAUUUGUCGGUUUUACCUUCUCCAGGAAUCUCGCCAUCAAUCUUCCUUUCUCUCCCAGAAAAGCCGGAAGUCUCCCUAAUUCCCCAAUGUCGUCGGGAUUGCCCCCGAGCCGGUUAGAAAGAAAGCUUACAAUCAAAGCAAAGGAACUCAAGGACGCUUUGCAAUCGUGUCACACACUAAAGGAUGAGAGUGUCUGCAUGAAAAAGAGCUUGGAUGAUCUGCAAACUGCCUUAGAAGAGAAAGCGAAAGCCCUAAGGAGUGCUGAAUACGAGAGAGAUCUGCUUGAAAAAGAGAAAGUCCUGUAUGACACUCAAGUCAAGGACCUGCAGAGAAGACUUGAUCUAGAGAGAGUAGAGAGAAACAAGACAGAUUCCGCCACUCUUAAAUUGUUGUCUGAACUGAAAGAGGACAGUCAAAAGGCGAAUGAACUACGAGAUCAAGAGAGCAGGGAAAAUCUCGAGGACCUUCAGCAGAUCGUAGCCCAGCUGGAAAACGAUCGAUUUAUCGCCAGUAGACGGGCACAAAGACUGGAAGAAGAACUCAAAUCNUUGCUCGCUGUUAAGACUGUCAAUCGUAUCAUGAAAACUCAAGCAGGGCCCGAUUUUUCAAAGUGUGGAUGA